GUGAGCCGCAGCGGGGCACUUCUACCUCGAGACUGUUUCCGCGCCCGGGCGGGGAGGCCGAGUGGCGGCGGGCGGGCGGAAUGAGCGCGGCGCGGACGCUGCGGGUUCCCGGCCGCCACGGCUAUGCGGCCGAGUUCUCUCCGUACCUGCCGGGCCGCCUGGCCUGUGCCGCGGCGCAGCACUACGGCAUCGCGGGCUGUGGAACUCUAUUAGUAUUGGAUCAAAAUGAAUCUGGACUUCAGAUUUUUAGAAGCUUUGACUGGAAUGACGGCUUGUUUGACGUUACCUGGAGUGAAAACAAUGAGCAUAUCCUUGUCACCUGUAGUGGUGAUGGCUCCCUGCAGCUCUGGGACACUGCCAAAGCCACAGGCCCUCUCCAAGUCUAUAAAGAGCACACUCAGGAGGUGUAUAGUGUUGAUUGGAGCCAAACCAGAGGUGAACAGCUUGUAGUGUCUGGCUCCUGGGACCAAAGUGUCAAAGUGUGGGAUCCAACUGUUGGAAAUGCUCUGUGUACCUUUAGGGGCCACGAGAGUGUCAUUUACAGCACAAUCUGGUCUCCUCACAUUCCGGGUUGUUUCGCUUCAGCCUCAGGUGAUCAGACUCUGAGGAUCUGGGAUGUGAAGACCACAGGAGUCCGAAUUGUGAUUCCAGCACAUCAGACGGAAAUCCUGAGCUGUGACUGGUGUAAAUACAAUGAGAACUUGGUGGUGACAGGCGCAGUUGACUGUAGCUUGAGAGGUUGGGACUUAAGGAAUGUGCGACAGCCUGUGUUUGAACUUCUCGGUCACACUUAUGCCAUCAGGAGGGUGAAAUUUUCACCGUUCCAUGCCUCCGUGUUGGCCUCCUGCUCUUAUGACUUCACUGUAAGGUUCUGGAAUUUUUCCAAGCCUGAUCCGCUUCUGGAAACGGUGGAACAUCACACAGAGUUUACUUGCGGCUUAGACCUGAGUCUCCAGAGCCCCACGCAGGUGGCAGACUGUUCCUGGGAUGAAACCAUAAAGAUCUAUGACCCUGUUUGCCUCGCAGUUCCUGGUUAAGACACGACGCUCUAGUCAGAAGCAGAUGCUAACUGACGGACUUACUUAGCGUCAGAGUGCUAACUACUGAAAGGGUAGAACUAGGCCUUUAUAUGUACUGAGAUCUCAGAAUUCUCAAACUUACAUUUUGAGGCAUCUGAUAAAGACAUUGUAUCAUAUUGUAGUCCUGGUACAGAAGCCAUGUUUUCUGGAAUCCUAAAGAAUAAUUGUUGUUAUAAUAUAUCUUGUAAUGUCUAUUAAAAUGUUAUCUCUGUAUUGUAAAAUGACAUAAAAUAUGGGAGGUUAGUAGAUUACAUGGACAGUAAUAUAUUUUAAUAUUAAUUUGUCAUUUUGGAUGUACAAUAUAACCACUCCUGUUGAUAAAAAUCAAAAUAAACCACAUUUCUUGAUCAUACAUAUUUUA